AAACAGCGUUGCCGCGGCCCGGAAGUUUUUUUUGUACUUCCGCGGUAGCUGUCAUGGCGACACCCUGUACGCUCUAGCUACAGAGACCCAAAUGCCUACAUACAGCAGGAUAAAAACAAAACCGUGUAUCAGAGCAGACUGCUGUCAUGACGUUCAAAGAUCUGUUGAAGUGGAAUAAAAGAGUAUCAGCGGUGUAUGCCAUCGGCAUCUGGAGCAUGAUAGGCUCCUACGCAUAUUUCAGAUACACAGGUCGUUAUGAGGACACGCCAGUGAAAAAAGAAGAAGAAGUGCAAGAGCAAGAAGAUCCAAAUCAGGUUGUCUACCAGACAGCUCACACCAAAACUGUCCUUGUCUACAAGAAAGACUUUGUGCCAUACAGCUCAAGGAUCUACAAUUUCAUCCGGUCAUUCAGCAGUGAACCUGGGACUGGAGACGGUGAAAAGUAGCUGCGUCAGUGGACUGGAGGUUUGCUCUUGUCAAGAGAGUCACAAUGAAUUUAUGCUUAUGUGUAGGGACAUUAUUAUAAUAUGUAAAGGAAAUCCCACCGCAGUAUCCAAGCAAGAUGCCAUUAUGUUUGGAUGUCAACUGACUGCUGUCAGUCAGCCACCAUAGAAAGUUGCCACAAUGUUUAAAUAAACUCAUGUUUAAACAUAUUCUCAGCUUCCCUUUAACUUUACUGGUACAGUAAGUAUCUAAGGCCAUAAGGCUUACCUAAUACAAUUUAAGGCAUUACCAUGAAAGUCAUAGAAGGUUGUGCUUUUAGCCUGGUGUUAACAUAGAAAAGUUCAUUACUACAUGCUGUUGGGAACAGUGAGUGAGGACUGAUA